UCAUUAUGUGAUUAGAUGGCAACAUAUCAUUGGCUUUGGAACAAAGACAAACGAUAAAUUAGUGUGGAGAAGCAGUGCGCCUUUUUGAUUAUUUUUUUAUUGGUACUUACGCCCCUAUUUGCUUAAAGAUGGGGUUUUGGGGCAAAUGUAGCCGGUGCCAGGUUUCUCUCUCCAUUUCUUCUCCAAGCCUCUGUCUUCAUUUCCUCUAAAUUUUGAAUCUUUAACUUUGCUUCUUCAAUGCUCAAGCCAUAGCCAGCCAAGAAAAUUAAAUUAAAACAAGGAAAAACUGAAAGAAGUGAUGAUAGUUGCUUCUUACCGUCCAAAAUCUUUCCUUCAAUCCAACUCUACGUAGACACCAAAUCUUGACAUCCCAUUGUUCCAUUAAGUCCUUCCAAAGAAACCAAAUUUUCCAUAGAAAAGUUUGUUUCUUGUCCCCAGUAAAGGAAAAAAAAAAACACAAUGACUGAAGUACUCCAAUCAUCCCAAUCUCACUUCUCUUCACCCUCAAGCUCUACCUCCACUCCACAUGCCCUUAUUAACUCCAGUGUAAGCACUGUGGAAAGUGACCAAGAAGAAGAGAGUAGGCAAGAGGAAGAAAGGAAAGAAAGGGACAGGGAAGGAGAUCAGCUGUCUUUAUUAACACUUUUGGUGGCUGCUUUUAGGAAGUCUUUGAUUGGGUGUAGCAUUUCUGAAAGUAAAGAGCUUUGUUCAAUGGAAAUUGGGUUGCCUACCAAUGUUAGACAUGUUGCUCAUGUGACUUUUGAUAGAUUCCAUGGAUUUCUUGGUUUACCGGUUGAGUUUGAGCCUGAGGUCCCAAGGAGAGCCCCUAGUGCCAGUGCAAAUGUAUUUGGAGUUUCGACAGAAUCUAUGCAGCUUUCAUUUGACUCUAGAGGGAAUAGUGUGCCAAUGAUACUACUCCUGGUGCAAAGGCAUUUGUAUGCCCAAGGAGGCCUCCAGGCAGAAGGAAUCUUCAGAAUUAAUGGAGAGAACAGUCAGGAGGAGUAUGUCAGGGAACAACUAAAUAGGGGAGUAAUACCAGAUGGGAUAGAUGUACAUUGCUUGGCAGGUCUUAUAAAGGCUUGGUUUAGAGAACUUCCUAGUGGUGUCUUGGACUCUCUUACUCCAGAGCAGGUAAUACAAUCCCAGUCAGAAGAAGAGUGUGCUCGGCUUGUAAGGCUCCUUCCUCCAACGGAAGCUGCUCUACUUGAUUGGGCAAUAAAUUUAAUGGCUGAUGUUGUGCAACUGGAACAUAUGAACAAGAUGAAUGCACGAAAUGUCGCCAUGGUGUUUGCUCCAAACAUGACUCAAAUGUCUGAUCCUCUAACUGCAUUGAUGUAUGCAGUCCAGGUGAUGAAUUUUCUUGAGACACUUAUUAUUAGAACACUUAAAGAAAGGGAAGAUUCUAUGGUAGACUCUACUUCUGUUUCUCCAUUGGAGCCUUCUGAUAAGAAUGGACAGCAAAGCUCUUCCCUACUACACAAAGAUGUCAAUGAGGAGGUUAAAAACAAAAGUGAAGGAGGGAAAGCUUUUGUUGCUCAAGAACCUGCUAUAGACAGCCCCAUUCACUCUGCUGAAGAGAAUUUGACUACCGAAUGUAGCUCUCAAAGUUACCUAACUUCAAUCGAGAACAUUUGUGCUGGAAGUCGAUCUCUAGUUGAUGAUGACUGUCCUUGCACUGUGGUUUCUCAAGUGAACACAUUGGCAAAUGAACUCCAAAAAGGUGGCCACCGUGGUACAUCUAGAAAGAGCAAAAAAAGGGGUCAAUCAAGCGUUUCAAGUCUAAAGAAGGGAUCUAAGAAGGAAAAUGUACGAUCAAUGGGUCGUGGAAAAAGGAUUGUUAGGCACAUUAAUUCAAGAGCAGAGCUUUUUGAAGCUUGGAGCUGAAAGGCCUUUGAUACUUGGUUGUAGACAGAUGGGAUCGGGAUGGGAGGGAAAAUGCCAACUGGUAAAACUUGGUAUGUUGUGUUUCAGUUUCUUUCUUUGGAAAAUAUUGUGUAUGAGUUCAGGUGUAUCUUGUAUGUGAUUUAGGGUGGAAAUUCUGUAACCUUUUUAUUGCUUUA